AUGAUUGAAGAUAUACAGAGAACGGUUGGAGAAGUAAUAAAUGACCAGCCAAGAGACAACCAACAACUCGUUUCCUAUUUUGUAGCAAUACCCGUCAAUGGUGCCAACGAGCGACAAACAGGGUAUCGAGUCAGCUUGGAGAAACCCGGCCACUUGUGCGGAGAACGCUGUUCGAUCGAAAAGUAG